AAAAGAAUAUAGCAUUGCAUUAUCUGUCUAAUCUGAGAAUAUGUCAAAAAACUAAACGAUAACGCAAACAAAAUUCCACCAUGGUCCUACAGAAGCUCGUGAACGUAAUUGCCUUUACUAGCGCGUUUUACCUGUCACAACAACUAGGUUUUUUGUAUGAUCCAGUGGAAAUUGAAAGCAAGAAGUCACCACCAGUGGAGACUGAAAAGAACAAUGACAACUCCUUUUUCAAUGAGGAGGACAAGCGAAGGCUGAAACGCGCCAAAGAGGACUUGGAAAAGAAGAUUUGCACCAAGAAUGGCCUAUGCGAACCACCUCCGCCAAAGCCAAUUACCGAAUCUGUUAGCGAAGCCAUUUAUGACACUUGGUUGGCCGUCAAGAAGAUCCCUUCAUGCUGGUCACGGGCUUACGAUAACAUUUGCGAUACGAUAUCUCGGAUGUUCGGUGGUGACUAAAUGAUUUCAAAGAGCCUGUAGGACCAUAAUCCGUCCUAUUUCAAUAUAAAAGCCAUCAAAGUAGACCGAAACAGGUGUUCUUAUAGAGAAAACUAAAUUCAUUUGUCAUGUAAAAUGUAUCUCUCGAUAAAAGGCUUCAGAUUUUUUCUUUUUUAAUAAUUCUUUAAUCGACUAAAGAUAAACAAAAUUGCA